AUGCAACCGGGGCACCUUCGACAGGCACACCAGCUCGCGCACUCGGAACGGCCGCGUCGGUCCAACGCGCAUGCGCUGACGGGCGAAAACACUCUGGUCGCCUCGGGACUCCACCAUACGUCGCCGGGGUUGGGUCGACGGGAGGUGCCAAAGACUACCAACGAGCCGACGGCGGUUGUCACGGCCACCAAGACGCUCGACGACCCGUUUUUUGAGCGCAUGCAGUCGUCGAUCGAGACGCAAAAGCAAAUCGUCCUCGACAUGCGCGAGCGGCUCGCGCGGCAACAGCAAUCACAACCCUAA